AUGUCAACUUACUGGGAUUAUCUCCCAGAUUUGAACAGGGUGUCGUCCAUAUUUAUCACCUUCACCCCUUUGUUUUCCUAUGGUACAACGUGUCUAGGAAUCUACAAGCAGCGAUCGUCGGUGGGAUUUUCCAUUGAUAUUUGCGCCACAAUGCUCAUGUCACUGAUACUACGAAUUCUUUACUACUUUAUAUCGCCAUACGAAAUAGCGUUAUUCCGGCAACUGUUGGUGAUGGUGGCAAUCCAAUGCGUUCUCUUGAAGGUAUCGUUGGCAUACAGACCUCAUGAUUACGACCCAGAUAUUCUCGAAGUUAUGCCUCAUUUUAAGAAUGAACUCAAUGCUAAUAUGCCCAGAAGACUUUCUGCGUCUUAUAACAUCGUCAACCACGAUCUCUACAAUCCUUCGAGCUCAUCUCUGUCAACUGUGGCUCUGCCAACUGUGGAAGUUAGUACCGAUUACUUGGAAUACACCUUUGCUUAUAUCACUCUGGUGUUCAAUUAUGCCCUCAAAUUCUUCGAUGUUCAUUAUAGACGCCCAUACUGUUUCUGGCAAUGGGUAGAAGAGGCCAAGUACUGGCAAUACGUCGGAUUUUUUACUGCAAUUUUCUCCAUUUUGACCAUGAUUUUCUCGCACAGCCUUCGGUAUGCUACCGGCAUCGGAAUCUUGGGAUUGUUUAUCGAAUCAUUACUUCCCUUGCCCCAAAUUCUUCUUUUACAACGUCUUAGAUCAAUUCGCAAUUUCAAGGUUGUUUUGCUUCUCAGCUGGCUCGGAGGUGACGUUACUAAAAUCACCUAUCUCGUAUAUGGAGCUCGCAACACAUCGAUCAUUUUUGUGUUGGCGGGACUCUUUCAAAUGGGUCUCGACUUAAUCAUCGCAUAUCAAUAUUUGCAUUAUAAAAAGCAAGACCAACAAGGUCUAGUCGAAUUAGAAUUAUCAAACGUAUAA